UGACAAGUUUUGCGAGUUCAGCAGCAGCAGGACGGUUUCUCCCACCAGCCAUGGCUGAAAGUUUAACUGAGUUGUUCAACAAAGCAGCCGAGGAGGCGAAGGUCCUGAAACAGAGACCAGGUCAAGACGACCUGUCUCUGCUCUACGGUUUGUAUAAGCAAGCCAAGGUGGGCGACGUGAACACAGAACGUCCGGGAUUCCUGAGUUUUACAGAAAAAGCUAAAUGGGAUGCGUGGAACGCCAAGAAAGGUCUGUCCAAAGAACAAGCGAUGGAGGCGUACGUCGAUUUAGUGGAGAAGCUGAAGGAAAAAUACGGACUCUCCUGAAACGCGAGCCGGGACUGACGUCACCUCCACCGUUCAAGUUAACACAGUCUAGACAUUUUGUAUCGGAAAGGUUAUGAACAGUUAAUAUCUUACCUGUUGUAGAUAGCCCUUUGAACAACAUCACUUAAGAGAAACGAUGAUAGCAGUUCAAGCUAGCA